CCAUCGCUCUCUCACUCUCUUUCCCUGAGUGUGCGAGAGGAGUUCAGGCAGCAUCUACGUCAGCCGUCAGCGAGCAGCUGAGGAGAGCUGUGGAACUCACUUGUGUGUGUGUGUCUCUCUCAUCUUUCUCUCAUAGUCUCCAGCUCAUACCUCUACUCUCUCUCUGGAGUCUACGGCUGUGGCACAUCCUGGGGCACUGACAAGGCGAGCGAAGCACCUCCUCUCACCAUCUGCACUCUGCUCCUCAAACAGCAGCAGACCACAGCACAAACCAAGGAGAAAAGAAGGAGAGAGUGGAAGCAAAGGAUUGAAGAGAAGAAGAGAGAGAUGGGAAUCUGAAGAAAAAGUGCGGAGGUAGGAGAGACUGAUGGUCAGAGUAGAAAAAGUGAAGAAAUCUGAAACAUAAUUUCAGAAAACUGAAACAGAGAUGAAGUGAGGAAUGCAGAGCUGAUAAAUGUGAAACUGAAAAGAGAAAUAUUUGUUAUAAAUAGGAACGUAGCUGGGUCCGGGAGAGAAUAACAACCUCAGAGAAAGAAGAUUUAGGAAAAAAAUGUUCUAACAGCCACAGCGUGGUAGAAUAUAACUGGUGAAACGGAAAAGAGCAAAGGCUCAGGGAGAGAUCAGCAGGAGGAAUCAGAGUCAUUUGCAAAGGACAGCCCUGGCCAACCACAUGCCCAUCGAAUUUGUUUGUAAAAUCAAGUUUGCUGAGGGCGACGAAGCCAAGGGGGCCUCGACAGAAGGAGGCGGAACCGUUAUGCUAGAUGGCCUUCCGCGGCAAAAAGGAGGCAUGGCUGACCUGGCGUCCUUUGCAAGCUCCUCUUCGCUGCACGGUCUGGCUCGGGUGUUGGGGACCUCGGGGCGCUUGGGCUUCAGACAGACCCUCUGGGGACUGGCACUGUUGGCCUCGCUUGGUCUCUUCCUGUACCAGGCGACAUGGAGCACGGCGACUUAUCUAGAGCGACCCCACCUCGCAGCUAUGAGGGAAGAAACCCGCCGUGAGCUCACCUUCCCGGCCAUCACGCUCUGCAACGUCAACCGAUUCCGCUUCUCAGCCCUCACCGACGCGGACAUCUACCACUUGGCUAACCUCACCGGCCUGCCGCCUAAGAGCCGGAAAGGACACCGGCCAAGUGAGCUCCAGUACCCACCCCCUGACAUGCUAGACAUUUUCCAGAGGACUGGCCACCAGCUGGAAGACAUGCUGAAGAGUUGCAACUUCAGCGGGCAGAACUGCUCGAGUGAAGACUUCAGCGUGGUGUAUACACGGUAUGGGAAAUGUUACACAUUUAAUGGAAACAAGACAUCACCCAAGCGGGUAAGGCAAGGCGGCACAGGAAAUGGACUGGAGCUGAUGCUGGAUAUUCAGCAGGACGAGUAUCUGCCCAUCUGGAGAGAAACCAAUGAGACGACACUGGAAGCAGGUAUUCGGGUUCAGAUUCAUAGUCAGAAUGAACCCCCAUACAUCCAUCAGCUGGGCUUUGGGGUCUCUCCAGGAUUCCAGACAUUUGUUUCCUGUCAGGAACAGAGGCUAACAUACCUGCCACAGCCGUGGGGCAACUGUCGGGCUUCAUCUGAGCCUGUGAUCCCAGGAUACGACACCUACAGCGUCAGCGCUUGCAGACUGCACUGUGAGAGCACACAGGUGCAGAGAGAGUGCAACUGCAGGAUGGUACAUAUGCCAGGCAAUGCUGAUAUCUGCACACCCAGUAAAAUCAAGUGUGUUGACAAGGCUUUAGCUUUACUCCAGAAGAGCACAGGUGACUCAUGCCCCUGCGAGACACCCUGUAAGUUGACUCGGUAUGGAAAAGAGCUCUCUAUGGUUAAAAUCCCCAGCAGGGGCUCUGCUCGCUACCUUUCUCGCAAAUACCAGAAAUCGGAGGAAUACAUCAGAGACAACUUUCUCAUCUUGGAUAUUUUCUUUGAGGCCCUUAACUAUGAGACAAUAGAACAGAAGAAAGCGUAUGACAUCGCUGGUCUGUUAGAGUAUUAA